UGACGUUAUAAGCGACCUUCCUUUCUUCUAACUUCCGGUUUUGCUUAAGCUUAGUAUCAAAUAUUCGGAUAGUUUAUACAAUAUCAAAAUGUUUAAACCUCGGUCAUUAGCUACCAAAAAGCCUGCACCUACUGCUGAAGAACAAGAGGCAGCUCGGAAGCGUAAGGAAAGAUCGCAACGUCUUCAAAAUCUUCAGUUACGAAUGAAUGAAGCAAGGAAGCUCAAUCACCAAGAAGUUGCUGAAGAAGAUCGUAAGAAGCGACUGCCAGCUAAUUAUGAAGAAAAACGAAAACGGCUGGAAUGGGAAGAAGAAGAAUUAAAAAAGCAGAAGGAAUGCAGUGCGAAAGGAGAAGACUAUGAUCAAGUGAAGUUGCUUGAUAUUAGUGCUGUAGAUGCUGAGAAAUGGGAACGCAAGAAAAAAAAGAAGAAUCCUGAUCCUGGUUUCUCUGAUUAUGAAGCUGCUACAUUCCGCCAGUAUCAAAGGAAUACCAAACAGAUUAAGCCAGACAUGGAUUCUUAUUUUAACCAGAUGGAAAAAAAAGGAGAAGAAUUUUUUCCUGAUGCUAACACUUUAGGAUUGCAGCAACACACUGACUCUGAGAAAGCCGUCGAUAGAAUGGUAAAUGAUUUGGAGAAACAGAUCAACAAAAGAGAAAAAUACAGCCGAAGAAGACCUUAUGAUGAGGCUGCUGAUAUUGACUACAUCAAUGAGAGAAAUAUGAAAUUCAACAAAAAGUUGGAACGUUUCUAUGGGAAAUAUACAGCAGAGAUUAAACAGAAUUUGGAACGUGGUACUGCUGUUUGAUAUUCCAUUAGCUUGUGCUGGUUCUCUAUGCCUUGGUUUCCAGUUGUAAUGCUGCAGAAGGUUUUUUUCGAAAGCUGGUUGUUGAUGAUGUAUUUAUCAUAAUUUAACAGAACAUUUCAUCCUGUGUAAUUAGAGGGAUUGGAAGUCUAAGAAAGUGAACUACUGUAAAUAAUGAAAGGAAGUAUAAUUUAAUAAAAAUAUUGAUGAGAUUUUUGUACAUGUAAUUUUUUAGUUGUAGCAGAUAUACAGUUUCCAUCAGGUUAAAGAAACUUUGCAAAAAUACAAAAGAAAACAAAAAAAACAACAGAAAUAAGGAAACAAAGAAAACUAUCUAGUUUAUGCUGGCUUAG